AUGAGCGGGAGAAAGCUCAGUGCGCUGGAGCAGAAACUGCACCAAGCAGCACUCGCAGACUCAAAAAAAACCAUCACCCAGAAAGAAUGUGAUGUACUCAUCCCCGAUGCCGCGGCGCGCACCGGGGCGAUCAACUUUCUCCUCGGAACGGGACUGCUGAAGGCCAUGAAGGACACGAAGGGCCAGCUCUCCUUCCGUGCAGUCAUGAGAAAGGAGCUUGAAGUGAAGAAGGACAUGAGCGGGGAGGAAUCUAUGAUUCUGAGCCAUAUCCAAGCAGCGAACAACGAAGGCAUUUGGACGAAACACCUCAAAGCCAAGACGGAGCUGCACCAGACCGUCAUUGACCGGUGCAUCAAGUCAUUGACUCAAAAGCAGCUUAUCAAGUCCGUCAAGUCCGUCAAGUACCCAACACGCAAGAUAUACAUGCUCUUUCAUCUUGAGCCCUCGGUAGAGAUGACCGGCGGACCAUGGUACACCGACAACGAACUAGAUUCUGAGUUCAUCAAACUCCUCUGUAGUGCUUGCCUCCGCUUCAUCCGAGAUCGGAGUACUCCUAAGCAAAAAGGAAGCGACGCCUCCUCCUCGUCCACACUGCUCUACCCGAUCUCUGCUGCGCCUCAGUACCCUACCGCCCAGCAAGUCAUGACUUUCCUGAGCAAGAGCCGGAUCACUGAGACUCAGCUCUCCGUCGAGCACGUGGAGAUGCUUCUGAACGUGCUGGUUUUGGAUGGGGAUGUCGAACGGGUCCCCGGGUUCGGCGCUGUGAUGUGGGACGCAUCCGGAAAAGCCGACGCGUCCGGCGACGAGGAGCCCGACAGCGACCGGCGCGCGAAGUCCAAGGCGAAAGACAAGGAAAAGGCGAAGAAGCGCAAGCGCAAGGACCGCGGUCGCGAUGACUCUGAGUCGCCCAAACGCACGCGCAAGCGCAGUCGGCGCGCGUCCUCGUCGGACGACGACAGCGACAGCGAGUCAGACUCGGACGACGGCGACCGGCGGAGGAAGAGCAGGAAGCACAAGAAGAACCGGAGCCGCGUGGUCAGCAGCGACGACGAAGGAAGCGACAGCGACCGCGAACGAAGGAAGAAGAAGGGCACUAGGAGCAAGAAGCGGAGCCGCGCGGGCAGCGGCGACGACCGCGAUGCGGACGGGGACAUCGCGAUGGGCGAUGAGGACCGAAAGGGCAAGAAGAAGCGCAAGAAGAGCAGGCGGCACGACUCGUCGGACGACGACUCGAGGUCAGAGGACAACUCGGACUCGGAAUCGGACUCGGACGCAAGGUCGCGGUCACGGUCCAAGUCCAAGUCCAAAUCUCGUUCGAGGAAGCACCGCUCGCCGUCGCCCGCGGAAGACGUGACGGCGGCGCUGCUGCAGGAGGCUCAGGAGAUGGAGUACAGCGCGUACGUCUACCGCGCGGUUCGCCAGGAGCGCAUGGCUGGGGGCGCUGGACUGACGCAGACGCCGUGCGUACGCUGCCCGACUUUCGAGUUCUGCAACGAGGGCGGGCCGGCGAAUCCGAAGGAGUGCACAUACUACGGCAGCUGGCUCGUUGCAGCGGACGUCGCGAAGGAGUGA